AUGGAGAUCAAUAGUAAUAUUACAUCAAAACGUUUUCGUCCUGAUAAUUCUUCUAUUGACUAUCAUUCUACUUUAUCCAACGAUCUUCUUUCUUGUCCUUUUUGUACAUUUAAUACAAAUUCUCAAGUUGAUUUUGAUUUUCAUAAUCAUAUUCAUCAUCAACAUUUAUGUUCUCAAUGUUUACAUGUAUUUCCUAGUUAUUUUCUUUUGGAUCUUCAUAUGGAUGAAGUACAUAAUAAUUAUUCAAGAAAUCAAUCAUAUCGUUGUUUAAUUGAAUCAUGUUCAAAAAUAUUUUCUAAUAUUGAACAACGUUUUCAACAUAUAAAUGAUGAACAUCAUCAUACAAAAAAUCGGCAUUUAAAUGAUAUAUUUCUUUUAUUUUCAAAUCAACAAAUGAAUGAAAUAAAAAACAAAGAACAAGACAAUAAAUUUGGUUGUGAUAGUCAAAAAACAUUUAUACGUAACUCACGAUUACGACCACGACAAUUUAUUGAAAUGCAAUGGGAUGGCGAUGAAUAA